CCACCUCCCCGGGCUUGCGUUGCCUCGGCUCGCCUGCUUGGAACUUGGCGCUUGGCUGGCCCUCCUGCCAACUUUUCCUUGCCGCCGCUCGACGGGAAGUCGCUUUCCUGGCUCCCAAGGGCGCCGCCGCGAAGGGAGCAGACGCCGCUGGAAGGAGGCCGGGCGCUGGGAAGAUGCGGCGGGGAGCGGCGCAGUGAUUAGAGCGCGGACGAGCUCGGCGGCUGCGGCGGGUGUCUCUUUACAGCUUCCAGCCGCUGCAGCAAACCCAUGGCAGGGAAGUUCCUGCUGCUCCUCCUCUAGCUGUGCCUGGGGAUCGUGCACCGCCUGCCCCCUUCCUUCUUUGUCUGCGGUGCUAUGAGGAGGUCUACAAUGAUAAAUGGACUCAUUCUUCCUGUACUAAUCAUGGUGUUUUUUCCUUCCCCCAACAUGGGAGAUGAUGAGCUGAAACAGAACAUGGUCUACUUCGAAUGCGUGUGUGAAGGCAUGUCCUGUGGGAAUGGCGACCGCUGUAGAGGUCAUCGGUGCUUUGCCUCCUUGAGCAUCAAUAACGGUGCCAAAGUGUAUCAGAAGGGUUGCUUCCAAGUCUAUGAACAGGGGAAAAUGACAUGCAACACACCUCCCUCUCUCGAUCAAGCUGUUCAGUGCUGUGAAGGAUACCUGUGUAACGUAAAUAUUACAGCACAGCUGCGUGCAAAAGGGCACCCGCUUCAAGGGGAACUGGCGGGUUACCCCAAGGAAAUGCUCAUCGUUUUUAUACUUGCUCCAGUUAUAGUGCUGAUGAUAUUUUCAGCCAUAGCUGUGCUGAUCAUCCGAAAAGUGCAGCAGCACCAUAUGGAAAGGCUCAACUCGAGAGAUGCAGAGUAUGGAACAAUCGAGGGACUCAUAGCCUCAAACGUUGGUGACAGCACGCUGGCAGACUUGUUGGACCAUUCCUGCACAUCUGGGAGUGGCUCUGGUCUUCCCUUCUUAGUGCAAAGAACAGUGGCUCGCCAAAUUACUCUAUUGGAGUGUGUAGGAAAAGGUCGAUAUGGAGAGGUCUGGAGAGGACAGUGGCAAGGAGAAAACAUUGCAGUAAAGAUCUUUUCUUCCCGAGAUGAAAAGUCCUGGUUCAGGGAAACGGAAUUGUAUAAUACAGUGUUACUGAGGCAUGAAAACAUUUUAGGCUUCAUUGCCUCAGAUAUGACUUCCAGGAAUUCCAGCACUCAGUUGUGGCUAAUCACACACUAUCAUGAGAUGGGCUCUUUGUACGAUUAUCUCCAGCUCACAACACUGGACACGGUCAGCUGCCUCCGGAUUGUCUUGUCUAUUGCUAGUGGCCUUGCACAUUUGCACAUAGAGAUAUUUGGGACCCAAGGGAAACCUGCCAUUGCUCACCGCGACUUGAAGAGUAAAAAUAUCCUGGUUAAGAAAAAUGGACAGUGUUGCAUAGCAGAUUUAGGCCUUGCAGUCAUGCACUCCCAAAGCACUAAUCAGCUGGAUGUGGGGAACAACCCCCGCGUGGGUACCAAGCGCUACAUGGCCCCAGAAGUCUUAGACGAAACCAUCCAAGUGGACAGUUUUGACUCAUACAAAAGGGUUGAUAUUUGGGCAUUUGGACUGGUCCUAUGGGAAGUUGCCAGGCGCAUGCUUAGCAACGGCAUUGUUGAAGACUACAAACCUCCUUUUUAUGAUGUCGUUCCUAACGACCCUAGUUUUGAAGACAUGAGAAAAGUAGUCUGUGUGGAUCAGCAAAGGCCAAACAUUCCUAACAGAUGGUUUUCUGACCCUACGUUAACGUCCCUUGCCAAGUUGAUGAAAGAAUGCUGGUAUCACAAUCCAUCAGCAAGAUUAACAGCUUUGCGUAUAAAAAAGACCUUGACCAAAAUUGAUAAUUCCUUAGAUAAGAUCAAAGCUGAUUGUUGAUAAUCAACACAUGUGAUGCUGGACAGACACACAGCUUACCAUCCGGCAUAGAAAAGCAGCUGGGUGAAAUCUAAGACUCGGUCCCAAGUGACUUCAUAGAUAGGCAGAAAUAAUUUUACCUGGCCCAGCUGUUUGAGAGGAAAUGGAACCAUUUGAGCCUUAAUUGGUGACUCUUGUUAUUUUAUAACUGGCCAAAAGACUUAAGCUGGAUCUAUGGAGGCCUAUGGAAGGAAGACACAGAAAUCUUAAGACAAGACUGGGGCAUUACAGCUAUGGCCUUUAAUAGCUUUUUAUUUUGGAAAAAUGAAAUAAACAAGUCAAUUGUCUUCUUGUGGCUCCCAGGUUCAACAAAUGGACACGGUCAAUUCUCAUCGGCAAUAUUGCCUGUGCGUCUCUUCUUUAUUGCACUAGGGAUUCUUUACAUUCUUUUCUUGCACUGUUACUGUUAAUUUUAAAGACAUGACUUGCCAAAAAAUAUUAAGAUUGGCUUAUGUACUCAAUCCGUGUUUAUUAAUUAGGAGGAAACCAGUUUGGGAAACUGAAUCUGUAACUGACUUCUUUUUUUUUUUACUGCAUUUUUACAUAUGUGUACUGUUUACAAUAAUGCUGGACACUAGGAAUUGUUUAUAAGGAAACUUUCAGAUUUUAUUUAUUACUAGUGCACUUAGCAGUUUUAAGAAAGCUGAAGAAAGUGCAUACAGUUAAAAGCUUAUUUUUAUGUGGCUUCUAUCGUUUCUUACAGUCUAACCCAAAACAGUUCCUCUUCUCUUCUUUCCCUGUAUUUUCAGUUACACAUUUUAAUCACUUUUUUGAAAGUGCUUCACAUUUUAUAUGUGUGUGGUCUGUAACAUAUAUUUUCAGUUCAUAAUAUACAGAACAUUUAUAUCUAUAUCUAUAUAUCAAAAUAUAAAGCCAUUACCCAAAUGAUGCCACAUCUAGUACCUUAUUGAUCUAGAGGAGGGAAGGGAAGCAAUGAAGGGAAAUGAUAUAUCAUGGAAGUUAUAGGAAAGUGCAUUUUUCUUCGCAGCUAUACAUAACGUGCAUUUAAACUCGUAUCAGGAAAAAAACGUAUUUUUUUAAUUUACUUUUUGUAUUUAGCAGUUAUUUGUAUAAAUGAAAUAGAAUAUUUUCAAGUCAACGGGAAGGAAAUGUUCUCUCAGUUUGUGCCUUCCAUGGCAUAAGGUAAAUAGUGUGUGGUCUGCCUCACCAGUUUAUAUCCUAAGAUUCUCACCCCUUGCUCUGUUUGUAAGAAAGGAUUGAUGCCAGCCGACCAGCGCGUUGGCUGAUGCAUGACUGAAGAUGAUCCUCAGCAAUCCUUCAUACAGCUGAUGCUGAUGCUGCGGGGAGGGGGUGGUCCAUGCCAAAGCCGUAACUUCACAGUGAUGUGAAUUGUUGUGUGAUGGUACAUGAAUGAGCUGGAUCACAUAUGUUCUCACCAUGGCUUUUUAUCAUGAGUUUCCUGAGUAAAAAGUUUGAUCCUAGUGCCUUGCUUUGCCUUGCCUUGUGACUACGCCGCUGUUUCCCCCUCUGGAACCCUCUUAAAUAAUACUUAAGGCUGCUGAAUGUAAUGGUGGUUGCUCUAUAACCAUUAAA